UCCUCAUUCCUUUCAAGCUGUUGGACAUAAAUGAAAAGCCAAUAAGUCACUAGUGUCUCUAUACGAUGAAAAAGCCCGCCAUCGUCUAAACUCCUGUUACACAACAGAGGGACGUAAAUAGGACAAGAAACGUUUAAAACCAACUCCAAAGGUGGCGGCACUCCCUAGCAAAGAAAGCCCCAAGUGAAAAUAUUGUCAGUCGUUCUUUGGAUCUACCUGUGUUUUUAACUUAUAGCCACUGUCCCCAUGGGCUAUAACGGAUUAUGCAGAACUCUUGAUGAUAGCUUCAAACGUAACACUCUGGACAGGAUAUGGAAAUUUUACAUUCGAAAGGUUCAGCGAGAUCGAAAUGGGUCAACUAUACAACAACAAUAUCUCUAUGCCAUGACAAACAGCAGCACAAUUUCAGAAACCUGGUCUCUAUAUCUAUGGAGUAGAUAGAUCUAUGAAUAUAGAUAUAGAGACCAGGUUUCUGAAAGUCUGGACCAUGUGUGGAGAAAUAAGAGAGUUUUAUAAGUGGAACAACUCAAAAAGAAGCUGCACCUUUGGCAGAAUACGACGGAGGUCUGCGUCGGGGAAAUCAAUGGCAGUCAACAAAAGUAGGUCUGAGAGAAAGGAUCAUCGCAUCAGUAAAAGACGAUUUUUGGUUGCAGCAGCAAAAGUUUCGACAUUCGUGAAAGCCAUGGCAACAUCAGAUUCAUGGCCAAAACUCUUUACCUGGGUCGAUUACCUUCUUUUUGCUUUGACUCUGCUGGUGUCCUCGUUAGUUGGGAUUUAUCAUGCUUGGCGAGGCUCCAGCGGUUCGACUUCUGACUACCUAAUGGGUGGAAAGAAGAUGCCCAUUUUACCUGUAGCUUUGUCUCUUGCCGCCAGUUCCUUUUCAGCGACGACACUCCUCGGUGGCCCAACUGACGUCUAUAUGAAUGGCACAAUGUAUUUGUGGUUUAUUUUCUCCGUGGUUUUAUGCACGCCGAUUGCCAGUUAUAUUUACUUACCUGUUUUUCAUCGACUGCAAAUUGUAUCAGCAAAUCAGUAUUUAGAGAUACGAUUUAAUCGUUUCGUCCGACGCAUUGCAUCAAUUCUUUUCAUAGUGAAGCAGCUAUUAUAUCUGUCAAUUGUGGCUUAUGGACCUUCAUUGGCCCUUAGCCAAGUCACUGGAAUCAAUGCAUUCGUAUCUGUCAGCAUUCUGUUCGCCGUCUGCACCUUUUACACAGCAACCGGUGGAAUUAAAGCCGUUGUCUGGACAGAUACCAUACAAAUUGUACUGAUUUUCGGAUCAAUUAUCAUCUUAAUAAUCAAAGGAGUGACAGAUGUUGGUGGCCUAGGAAUUGUUUGGGAGCGUAAUUAUAAUUCUUCCCGCAUCGAAAUUUUUAACAUUGACACGGAUCCUACGACUCCGCAUACGGUGUGGUCUUUUUCGAUUGGAGGCGUAAUUUACUGGCUGAGUUGGUACGCAGUGGAUCAAACAGUUGUCCAACGUUCACUUGCCAUGCCAACAUUACGCACAGCGCAAAUAUCAAUGUGGAUUAACAUGGCCUUUGUGUGUGGAAUAAUCUUCCUCUGCGGUAUCGUCGGACUUGUAAUGUACGCCAAUUAUUUCGACUGUGAUCCUUUAACUUCUCAGAUUAUUAAUAAAGCAGAUCAAAUACUUCCAUUUUACGUCAUGGAUGUGCUUGGGGAUUAUCCGGGACUUCCAGGGCUCUUCGUUGCCGGCGUCUUAAGCGGUGCCCUCAGCACGAUAUCAAGCGUCCUGAAUGCGGUGGCACUUGUCGUUUACGAAGAUUUCGUACGGCCUUUCUUCCCAAACUUACCUGAUCAAAUGGCCACUCGGCUUGUUAAAGGAGUGUCCCUUCUAUUUAGCGGCCUCAGCUUCAGCAUGGUUUUCCUGGUAGCUCAAGUGAAGACCAUUUUAGACGCAACAGUGAGUUUCGAUGGUGCAGUAGCUGGAUCGAUAUUGGGCGUCUUUACUCUUGGCAUUUUUGUUCCGUGUGCCAAUUCCAUCGGGGCUGGAGUGGGCAUGUUAACCACCUUUGGAUUGAUGAUGUGGCUCUUGCUGAGCACGCAGAUUGCGAAAUCCAGUGGAAUCGUCCAAAACAGUCAAGUGAAACCCUUCAGCGUUGAAAAUUGUCCUGCCUUUAACGUGACGUCGACUACCUUACUCAUGAAUUCGACGAUUUCUGAAGAGCCGGGAGAAGCCUUUAUUCUACUAAGGAUUUCUUAUUUAUGGUACACGCUUAUUGGUGUGCUAAUCGUCAUUAUGAUUGGAACCUUAGUCAGCCUAUUGGUUAAAGCAUUCAAUUGCGUUGCAAGUCCCGUGCAAAUGUCUACCGAACAGCUCAACGAUGAAGUCGUUAAUAGAAAAAACACUUCCAACGAUCGCGUAAGUUUGUAUAGACCAAAACCAUCAGAUGCACGUGAAUGAAGUGUUCGCAUUGAACGAACUGCCUCAGUAGAGUGCUGAAUAUAUGCACAGUUCACAACAAAACCUGAAA